UCAAAAAUCCUGAACCAGAAAAUUGCAAUUGUUGUAUUAUUGUCCUAAGAAACAUCUUUCAGUUUCAGUUGCAAUUGUUCUAUCAGUGUGCAGUACUUGGCUUUGAAUGCACUUCAUCUAUCAUCACCCAAUUCUGACUACUACUUCUACAAACUUCCCUCCAAAACCAACCCACGUAAGCAACUUAACGCGAACCCCACUUCCUUAUUCAAAGCCCUCGACAGUUUUCGAAGCAACCCACGUAACGUAACCAGUUGCCAACAAUGGUGGAGAAUUCAGGGGUACUCGGGUGGUUCCUCCUCAACCCCAAAACGCCACCUUUCGCUUCUCACAAGACCCUCUUCGCGUUCCUUUGGGUGGCGGCGCUGGCCUCGCUUUUCGUCUGGCAGAGGAACACCAUCAGCGGCUUUCUGGUGCUGGGUGGUGUUCCUGUGCAGCCACCGCCGAAGCUGCGGCCGGUGGUUUUCUGUUUGACUGAGUUUGGUGGGGUCGGUGACGGGGUUACUCUCAACACUGAGGCGUUUGAGAGAGGUGUUAGGGCCAUUUCCAAGUUGGGGAAUAAGGGUGGCGGCCAACUCACUGUGCCACCUGGACGUUGGCUCACAGCACCCUUCAACCUCACCAGUCACAUGACUCUUUUUCUUGCUCCUGAUGCGGUUAUACUUGCAAUUCAGGACGAAAAGUAUUGGCCACUGAUGCCUGCAUUGCCUUCAUAUGGGUAUGGAAGGGAGCAUCCCGGGCCUCGAUAUACCAGUUUGAUCCACGGUCAAAAUCUUAGAGAUGUUGUCAUAACAGGGCAUAAUGGUACCAUAAAUGGACAGGGACAAACGUGGUGGACAAAAUAUCGGCAAAAGCUUCUGAACCACACUAGGGGGCCACUUGUUCAGAUAUUAUGGUCUAGUGACAUUGUGAUCUCAAAUAUUACUUUGCGUGACUCUCCUUUUUGGACACUUCAUCCGUAUGACUGCAAAAAUGUUACAGUGAAAAAUGUCACUAUAUUGGCUCCUGUAUAUCACGCUCCAAAUACUGAUGGCAUAGAUCCUGAUUCUUGUGAGGAUAUGUUGAUAGAGGACUGUUACAUAAGUGUGGGGGAUGAUGCAAUUGCAAUAAAAAGUGGAUGGGAUCAAUAUGGAAUUACUUAUGGAAGGCCUUCCAAGAAUAUAGUUAUUCGAAACCUUGUUGUUCGAUCUAAUGUCAGUGCUGGGAUCUCAAUAGGCAGUGAGAUGUCUGGUGGGGUAUCAAACGUGCUGGUGGAGAACAUUCUGGUAUGGGAAUCAAGACGUGCCAUGAGAAUCAAGACAGCACCAGGAAGAGGUGGCUACGUGCGCCAAAUAACUUACAGGAACCUAGUUUUCAAAAACGUGCGUGUUGGAAUUGUGAUAAAGACAGAUUACAAUGAACACCCUGGUGCUGGAUACGAUCCAAAAGCACUUCCAAUACUGAGAGACGUAAGGUUCAUCAAUAUCCGUGGCCAAGGAGUUCGUGUGCCAGUUCGAAUUCAAGGCAGUGAACAGAUUCCAAUAAGAAAUGUGACAUUCCAGAACAUGAAGGUUGGCACAACCUACAAGAAGAAGCAUAUCUUCCAGUGUGCCUUUGUCCAAGGUCAGGUAAUAGGGACCAUCUCUCCCGCUCCCUGUGACAGCUUUGAUCGGUACGAUGAGCAAGGGCAGCUUGUUAAGCAUGCUGCUUCGCAGAAUGUCACAGACAUAGAUUAUGAAAUUUGAGGUGUCUUCAGCUCCAAACUCAAAUAAUAUCAUACCUCUCGUGUGCGUGCAUGUAUAUAAAGAGUUUGUUCAAUGAAAGCAUGAGAGGAAGGAAGUUGUUAGUUACUUUUCUUAGGUGAUGAGUUGUAUAUAGGAAAAUUUUCAGACGCUUAUAUAAAUUUUCCAGAAUUUCAAAAUCGUUUCUGAGAUAAUGUUCUAUGAAAUGCAAGUGAUUAUACCUUCCAGAAGUCAUGGAAGUUAGACGGA